GCCUGACUAUUUAAUUUUGGGAAUAUGCCAAAAUGGCUACCAUGAUGAAUUUUACAACUUAAAAAACAGCUUGAGAAAAACUGCAGCAUAUGUUUUAUGGUGGUGCCCUUUUGUUACAGACAGAGCUGUGAGCAGUUUGUAUCACUUGGGUUUUGAAGCAAAUGGAGGACUCCAGGCAGGAAAAGGUGCCAGUUUUGCCAUGGAUGAGAAACCCUAUUGAUGUUAGUCUCUUCGAAGAGUGCCCUCUGACACUCCUUCCAUGUCUGGACCCCAGAUUGGAGGAGGCUUUGCAGAAAAUGGGUGUUAAUUCACUCUUUCCAGUACAGGUAGCCGUGUGGCAAGAGACAAUUGGACCAGGUUCUUUUGAUCGAGAUCUUUGUAUAAAUUCACCAACAGGAAGUGGGAAAACUCUGGCUUAUGCUUUACCUAUAGUGCAAAUGCUUUCAACUCGUACUGUCAAAUGUUUACGUGCUUUAGUGGUGCUGCCUACUCGUGAUUUGGCAUUGCAGGUUAAGGAAGUUUUUGCUGCUAUUGCACCCUCAGUUGGCUUAUCUGUAGGUUUGGCAGUUGGACAAUCUUCUAUAGCAGAUGAAAUUGCAGAGCUUAUAAAGAGGCCUAAGCUUGAGGCAGGCAUCUGUUAUGAUCCUGAAGAUCUUUGGAUAAAACCACAAGGUUCAGUGGAUAUUUUGGUGGCAACCCCAGGGAGGCUGAUGGACCAUGUCAACGCCACAAAUGGUUUUACUCUGGAGCAUCUUACUUAUCUUGUAGUUGAUGAAACAGAUCGGUUGCUAAGAGAGGCAUAUCAAUCCUGGCUGCCUACUGUACUUCAGCUAACACGCUCAAGUGAGGACGCCCUGUUUCCCCAUGCCAGAUCAUUUACUCCUUCAGCACUUGGUUCCUUGAAGACCAUAAGGAGAUCUGGCAUUGAAAGGGGUUUUAAGGGUAAAACUUGCCCAAGGCUCGUGAAAAUGAUUUUGUCUGCUACCUUAACCCAAGAUCCAAGCAAGCUUACUCAGCUUGAACUGCAUCACCCUUUGCUGUUGACAACUGGACCCCGGCGUUACAAGCUUCCUGAAAAGCUAGAAUCCUACAGCAUGAUUUGUUCAUCAAAACUCAAACCCCUAUAUUUGUUUGCCCUUCUUCAAGAAUUAAAAGGCGAGAAGUGUAUUGUUUUCACAAAAUCUGUGGAGUCAACUCACAGACUGAGCACCUUAUUGAAUUUAUUUGCUGGCUUGCAAUAUAAGAUCAAGGAAUAUUCAGGUCUUCAGCGUCAGUCUGUACGAAGCAAGACGUUGAGGGCGUUCAGGGAAGGAGAAAUGCAGGUACUUAUUUCUUCAGAUGCAAUGACUCGUGGGAUGGAUGUUGAAGGGGUGAGGAGUGUCAUUAAUUAUGACAUGCCCACAUAUACUAAGACAUACAUUCAUAGGGCUGGGAGGACUGCAAGAGCUGGCCAGACUGGGCGUUGCUUCACGCUGCUGCUUAGAGGUGAGGUUAAACGUUUCAAGAAAUUACUCCAGAAGGCUGAUAACAAUCCUUGUAUUGUUUAUUCAUUGCCUUCAGAUUCAAUUGAGUCACUACGCCCUCUUUACACAUCUGCUUUGGAAAAAUUGAAAGAGAGUGUGGAAUCAGAAACAGUGAAGCGACGUACAGUUAGUUUCAAGUCCCCAAAAGCAGGCACUGGGAGUGAAGUCAGUAAUACAAAAGAUUAGAUAUUGGGUUCCAACUUCCAAGCAGGUGUUCAAAGAAGAGUAUGGGAUGUGUGCUUAUUAUGCAGGGGUUGUGACCCCAUCAUGGUUGGACCAGCCGAGCGACUCCAGAGGCUGGAGGUUGGUUGGUAAUGCAUUGAAUUGUGAAGCUUCUUACCUGAUAUGAUUGAAGAAGACAAGCUACUUCUUUUGUUGCUAGGAUUAAUG